GUCUCCGUUAACGGUUAGUUAGUCAAUCGGUGUGUUUUUGUGAUUAUUUUUGGCAAAUAUGGAAAUCCCGUCCAACGAAACGAUGAUACACACCGAGAGUGAGCCUCUAACAAAGCCGGUCCCAAGGCCCUUUUCUAUAGAGGCUUUGAUGAGUGAUUGCGGCCCUCGGAGGAAUACGAACUUGUUAGUUCCGUGGGAACAUCAGCAACAUCAGUUUGUGCACAAUAUUUCAAAAGACACUGAUUCCGAGGGUAGUGUGGAAAUGGAUUUAGCUCAGGAUUUGUCAAAUGCGAGUCAAAAAGAUGGUUCGGAUCUGGACGAUGACCUAGACGAAUCUCACUCAUUAGAAGGUCCUGGUUCCGCCAAAGCCCGUAGGCGACGUACGGCGUUCACCAGCGAACAACUUCUAGAACUGGAAAGAGAAUUUCAUGCUAAAAAAUACCUAUCGCUGACAGAACGAAGUCAGAUUGCUUCCGCCCUCCGCCUCAGCGAAGUCCAGGUGAAAAUCUGGUUCCAGAAUCGUCGAGCCAAAUGGAAAAGGGUCAAAGCUGGUUUAGGCAGUGGACCACAUCAAGGAGUUAAAAAUUCCCAACAGAAAAGUAAACUUGUAGUACCCAUUCCUGUACACGUUAACAGAUUUGCUGUCAGGAGUCAACAUCAACAGUUGGAGAGAGCUUUAGGAGAUUUAGCGGGAAGAGUGUUGGCCAGUCAUGCUGCUCUUAGGGUGGGGUUGGACUUGCACGGGUUUCAUUCUCAAGCGCCGCCUCAUUAGAACUUAAUCGGCUGAUGAAGUCGUUGGAAACUAGUGAUUCAGAUAUGUGAUGUUUACUGAGAUGGCUCAAAUAUGCGCAAGGUUGCAAUUUUGAGAGAUAUUAACACAUUGGAACAAAUAUGUAAAUAUUGAAUUUUAAUUUGAAGCUGUUUUAGGACUCCUUACAAUAAUAAUUUCGAGAAAAACUACAGUACAAACAUUUUUUACAGAUAUUUGAAUGUCAUUAAAUUUUUGUUGUGGUAAAUAAUUUAGGGUAUACCCUACAAAUUUUUUGAGAAUGUUUUCUUCCCAUGAUAAUUAUAUCAUUACUUUAACAAUACAGCUUCAAAUUAAAUUUUUAAAACAGUUCAAAUGUGUUUUACGUAGUGAUUACAAAAGGAAACAUUUUAUUAUUUAUGUUGAAAUAGAUGCAGAUUUCUUUUUGGAAUAUUGGCAACGGGUUCAUUAGGUAUCAUUAUUCAUAGUGCAAUAAUAUCAUAAACGGAAGAGUUUAUACAGUAAGUGAAAUAAAAUAUUAUUUAUACAGGGUGUCACAAAUUGUUUUACCCAGGCUAUAACUUCUAAACCAUGCAAGAUAAUCGAACCGGACAAAAGUCAUACAUUAAUAUUUGC